UUAAUGGGGAGCCAGAAGUGAGCGGCGGCCCGGGGACGCGGAGGCCGGCGCUGGUCAGCCAGUCCGGGCUGCGCGUCCGGCCGAUGGACCGGCGGUCAUUGACAGUGGAGGACCCUCCCCGCGCCGUCCCCGCCCCUGCGCGCUCAGCCGCCGGCCACGAGCGGCGCCCCGCCGGGAGGUCGGGGCCGAUGUGGGAGCGCUUCCCACUUGGUGGAAGAUUAGCUUUUUGGAUUUUUUUUUUCAUUGUCGGAUACGGGCAUUUCAAAGGGAAACCGUUGAAAUGCAUAACCUGCAAACACUGCCUCCUAAACCACCAAAACCCACUACUGUAGCCAACAACGGUAUGAAUAACAAUAUGUCCUUGCAAGAUGCUGAGUGGUACUGGGGAGAUAUCUCGAGGGAAGAAGUGAAUGAAAAACUUCGAGAUACAGCAGAUGGGACCUUUUUGGUACGAGAUGCUUCUACUAAGAUGCAUGGUGAUUAUACUCUUACACUAAGGAAAGGAGGGAAUAACAAAUUAAUCAAAAUAUUUCACCGAGAUGGGAAAUACGGUUUCUCUGACCCAUUAACUUUCAACUCUGUGGUUGAGCUAAUAAACCACUACCGGAAUGAAUCUCUAGCUCAGUAUAAUCCCAAGCUGGAUGUGAAAUUACUUUAUCCAGUGUCCAAAUACCAACAGGAUCAGGUUGUCAAAGAAGAUAAUAUUGAAGCUGUAGGAAAAAAGUUACAUGAAUAUAACACUCAAUUUCAAGAAAAAAGUCGAGAAUAUGAUAGAUUAUAUGAAGAUUAUACUCGUACUUCCCAGGAAAUCCAGAUGAAAAGAACAGCUAUUGAAGCAUUUAAUGAAACCAUAAAAAUAUUUGAAGAACAGUGCCAAACCCAGGAGCGGUACAGCAAAGAAUACAUAGAAAAGUUUAAACGUGAAGGCAAUGAGAAAGAAAUACAGAGGAUUAUGCAUAAUUAUGAAAAGUUAAAGUCUCGAAUCAGUGAAAUUGUUGACAGUAGAAGGAGAUUGGAGGAAGACUUGAAGAAGCAAGCAGCCGAGUAUCGGGAGAUUGACAAACGUAUGAACAGCAUUAAACCAGACCUCAUUCAACUGAGAAAGACGAGAGACCAAUACUUGAUGUGGUUGACUCAAAAAGGUGUUCGGCAAAAGAAAUUGAACGAGUGGUUGGGAAAUGAAAACACUGAAGACCAAUAUUCGCUGGUGGAAGAUGACGAGGACUUGCCCCAUCAUGAUGAGAAGACAUGGAAUGUGGGAAGCAGCAACCGAAACAAAGCCGAAAACCUCUUGCGGGGGAAGCGAGAUGGCACUUUUCUUGUCCGGGAGAGCAGCAAGCAGGGCUGCUACGCCUGCUCUGUAGUGGUGGAUGGCGAAGUGAAGCACUGUGUCAUAAACAAAACAGCGACUGGGUAUGGCUUCGCCGAGCCGUAUAACUUGUACAGCUCCCUGAAAGAACUGGUGCUACAUUACCAACACACGUCUCUCGUGCAGCACAACGACUCCCUCAACGUCACACUAGCCUACCCAGUAAAUGCACAGCAGAGACGAUGAAGCGCUUACUCUCGGAUCUUUUUCCUGAAGUUCAACCACCCUGAGGCCUCUGGAAAGCCAAGGGCUCCUCUCCAGCCUGACCUGUGAAUUGAGCUGCGGAAUCAAAGCCGUCUGUCUUCAGAUAGGACUCGCGCUUUCUUUGACAAAAAAGAAGUAGAGGAAGACCCGCAGCCUAGAGCUGUGACAUACAUUUCUAAUCCGGAGUGGUUAUCCUUCCUUUCUUUCCUGUUGUUUUUUUUUCUUGUUGUUGUUGUUUCUGGGUUUUUUAUUUGUUCUUUUUUUUUUUUUAAUUUAAAGCCACAACAAUACACAACACAAAGAGAAAAAGAAAUGCAAAAAUCUCUGCGUGCAGGGACAAAGAGGCCUUUAACCAUGGUGCUUGUUAAUGCUUUCUGAAGCUUUACCAGCUCAAAAGUUGGGACUUUGUAGACCGAAGGGUAGAUGGGGCUGAAAGGCCCCAGCCUGGAAAUGCUCAGGCCAGUCUGGUUUAGCCUGGGCGUUGCUGUGAACGGUUGGCCCAGACACAUCGCACUGUGGAUUAUUUCAUUUUCUGACAUGAACGAUAUGUAGCAGAAAGGCACUUCCAGGAGACACUUUGGGAGAACGUCAGUUCAUGUACAUUCAGAGGAAAUUCUGUCGUAGCCAAGUGCCAGAAAAGCAUCUGUUUAAACUUUUCAGAAGGAAAAAACAGAAAACACCAACAGAAAAAUUGAGCUCGGAAAACAGGACUUCAAAAUGACAUUCAGUAUAUAAAAUAUGUACAUAAUAUUGGAUGACUAACUAUCAAAUACAUGGAUUUGUAUCAAUACCAAA